GGAGGUCGUGGUCGGGGACCUCCGGGCGGACUACCACCGGGACAGGCGAAGAAACAACAGAAUAGGGAGACUGUAGUGUCAUAUGAGGGACCCUACAUAGACCAGAGGCCCCCACAGUCUGAAUCAAAUAAUCGUAAAAACAAGAAUAAGAAGAAUAAACCGCCGAAGAAUAACAACAAAGAAACCCCCAGACCCCGACCCCCACCACUGAAUACCAAGCCCUCUGAUACCGAGGUAACGGUGCCGUUAUCUGAGUGGCGCCAAUUGGAGCGCCUACAGCACCACUGGGGGAACACCGCACACACCAAAUCAGCCUUAAGUCGCAAAUUCAUAUUCUUCUUGGACAGGGAUGUGAGUUAUCAGCGCCACGACGCCUGUCUCACACCCGACAACCAACUGGGAAGUUGUCAUUUCGUACAGCACUGUCCCAUUCCCGAUGUCAUCAGGAGUUUCGACAAAUUCUUGUCG